GCUACGCCUAUAGGAAAGUAAAUAAAAGAAAAGAAAAGAAAAGAAAAUCAAUUAAUUAAUUAAUGAAAAUGGAACCAUCACAAUUAAUCAUAAAAGGAUCAGAAAUCCAAGAUCAUCAAUUAAUUGCCAAUGGUCGUGUAAAAAUAGCCGAAAUGAAAGAAUUAACUGGAAUAAAAGCAGCCAAAUUUCGUCGUAUGGAUGAUUCAAUGAAUGAAAUCGUUAAUAAUGGUUAUAAUCAUCAUCAUGAUGAUGAUGAUGAUGAUGUUGAAAAGAUCAAUGGUCUUAUUUGGAAUGAAUAUGAUGCUUCAAUUAAAUUAGUUAAUCAAAAUCUAUGGCAAAUACCAUCACCAUUAACCACACAAUAUGCAAGUCGUGUACGAAAAUUAGAUCUAAGUUAUAAUUGUUUACAAACAUUAUCCGGUAUUGAAUAUUUUAAUUGUCUUGAAGAAUUAGUGCUUGAUAAUAAUCUUCUUGAUGAUUCGAUUCGUUUUUUUUACAAUCCAUUUAUGAAAUGUUUAUCUAUUAAUAAAAAUAAGUUGACAGAUUUGGAACGAUUUCUUAAUGAAAUAACAUUAAAAUUACCAAGUUUAACAUAUCUUAGUAUGUUGGGUAAUCCAGCAUGUCCUGAUCAAUUAUCCAGUUCUGAACAUGAUGAUAAAGAUUAUAGCCGUUAUCGUAGUUAUGUAAUACAUCGAAUGCCACAGUUGAAAUUUCUUGAUUCAACACAAAUUCGACGUACAGAACGAACAGAUGCACAGCAACGUGGCCAUUAUUAUCGUCUUAUACGUUUGAAUUCAGAUUCAGUAGUGGAAACAAAUAAAUUACGUAGCCAUUUGUUUACAUUACGUGAACAAAAUGAUAAUAAUGAUGAUGAUGGUAGACAGAAUAAUCCACUUCCGUUUACACAGGAUAAUGGACAACCAAAAGGUGGAUUUGGAAAACUUAAACAUCGUUAUACUGGUAAACAUUCGGAAGGAAAUCGUUUUAUACGUAAUCAUGAACUUUGAAUGAUUCAGAUUCAAUCUUUGUCAAUUCUUUUCAAUUC